CUCAUCCUCAUUCUCCAUCUCUCUUUUGGUUGAACUUUUUGUUUUUUCUUCACCUCCCAUCUUUUCUUUCUGUCCAUUAAAAAGUUUUUUUGUUUUUGUUUUUUUGGUUGAAGAUUUCUUCCUUUAAUUUCAUUAAUUAGCUUCCUCAAAAAAACCAAUAAUAAAUAAAAUAAAACCCCAAAUCCUAUCUUUCUCUUGCUCAUUGAGUCAUUUCUAUUACAUACACAAAAACCAAACAUGAAAUAAAUCAAAUGAUUAAAAUUGAAACCCAAAAAUUGUUUCCUUCAUGUCUCCUAUAAUCAGUGAAGUCCUCCUCUCCGGGUUCACCAUAAACUCCGCCCUCCGCCGCCGUACCCACCUCGUCUCCUCCUUCUCCGUUGUCUUCCUUUACUGGUUCUACGUUUUCUCAUGAACCUUUUCUCCUCCUACUCAAAUCAUAUUCAUUAUACUACUAGAUAAAAUAUUCAUCCAUAUAUACACUUGUACGCAGUACUCCGUAAAUAAAUUUAAUAUAUAUAAUAUUUUUCUGGCGUCACCACCUUGUUCACAAUUAGGGAUUAAUUCGGACUCAGGGUGAUUUCUGGGUGGAUAGGUUCCGGUUCCUAUAAUUGUUGUUGUGGAUGAUCGAACACGCAGUCAUCUCUAUCAAGUUCAGCCUCAAUCAUCACUAAUAUAAUAUAAUAAUAUGGCAAGUUCGAGUCCAUCAGGUCAACAACAAAGAGAUCACCAAAAGCAAGAAGGGGCGGAUACCUGCUGUAAAAAGAGGAAGCGUAUGCAGUCGAACAGAGAAUCAGCUAGAAGGUCCCGCCUUCGAAAACAAAACCACCUGGACGACCUGGCGGUCCAGGUGGCCGAGCUCAAGGCUCAGAACAGCAGAAUAAUAUCCACCACCAACACGAGUACGCAGCUUUAUUUGGAGGUCGAGGCGGAGAAUUCUGUCCUGAGGGCUCAGCUGUCUGAGCUCAGUAACCGUCUUCAGUCCCUUAAUGACAUCAUCAACUGCCUCAGUAACAACAACGUUCAUGGAAACAUCAACAACAACAACAACAACAACAACAACAACAACGUCAUGAGGAUUACAACUAGCACUACAAGUGAUGGUUGUAGUAGUGAUGAUCAAGAGAUUAGCUUGAUUGGUAGCUUUGAUGUUGAUCUUGAGUUUGAUGAUGAUUUUUCGAUGAAUUCGUGGGGGUUUUCGUUCGCGAAUUAUCCUACUACGACCCCAGAUGCGUUCAUGUGUUGAUCGAUGUUAUUAAUUAACUAUCAUUGGUGAAGAAAUUAGAGGUGGCAGUCGGGUUGUUCGAUUUUCAGGACUCUGUUAUUAAAGUUUGGUAAUUAAUUAUCCUAUCGUGCCUACUACGACCCUAGAUGUGUUCAUGUGUUGAUCGAUGUCAUUAAUGAUCAUUGAAGAAAUUAGAGGUGACAGUCGGAUUGUUGGAUUUAGGAAACUACUUGUUUUUAUUAUAUUUAAAGAAUAAAGUGUGCUUUUGUUAUGGUUGUAAAUUAAUUUAUUGUGAUAGUACAUUGUUUAAAAAUUUUAGAAUGGGAAAUUGUUGUAAUUAGUGAUGGCACUAAUUAGUAAUUAGUGAUAUGGUAAUGCAAAUGCGUCAGUUGAUGCAGAUAGUUUGGAGCUUUCUACAAUUUAAUUUGUGUACUAUAUGAUUCAAGGGUCCCUUAUCAAUGUAUCAGGAGUUCAUGACC